AUGCAGUGUAAAUACAAUCACAGAGUUUCUAUUUCUAGAACACUCUCUAAGACAGAAGAAAAUUACGCAACCAAUGAAAAGGAAAUGCUAGCCAUCAUAUGGGCACUCGACUCACUAAGAAACUACGUCUAUGGAGCCGAGAUCUUAAUAUACACCGACCAUAUGCCACUAACCUUUGCAAUAUGGGAAUCCUUUGGAACCGUCCUCAAGUGGAUUGCUGGUACUCCAGACGCCGAAGACCUUCGAAUGAUCAACAACUCCAUGAACGCACUCAUCCAUGAAAGCAACCAACAGAUCCUCAUCAACCGACAACUUAAUGAGAGGAUCACAGCUCUGGCGAACGUCACCAACUCAGUUCUAGACUUAUACAACGGAACGUUAGUGAAUCAUUACCAAGAGACUCACCAAUUCAUAAUGUUGAAUAACAUCGAAACUCUCACCGACCACCUAGAGACCAUAGAAGAUGCUAUCCUGCUUGCCAAACAUGGCAUCCCCAGCAGCAAAAUCCUGUCCAUUCACGAUUUCAAUCGCAUGGCCACCUUUCUCGGAAACUUCGACAUACCUAUCGACUCGAUGGAACAGAUACUCUCCAUUUCAACAGCCCAAGUUAUGCUAAACAACUCCCACAUUAUCUACACGCUCAAGGUUCCUCAAAGCUCCAAACAAACAUACUCAUACAACUAUGUCGACUCCAUCAUCACCGGUAAGAAAAGAAUCCUGAUCUCCAAAAACUAUUACCUACGCAAUAAUAGCGACGUCUGCGAACUAAGUGCACCCUGCACUCAACAAAGACACUAUUAUUCAUGCCCAGAAGAAAACAUCAGUAUAGCACCUCGAUGCAUUGAAAAACUUAUCAAAGGACAGCAUUCCAAUUGUUCUUACGAGAAGGUUUAUUCAAACAGUAUAAUCAAGAGAAUCACUGACGAUGUGCUUCUAGUGAACAAUGCUGGAAUCGAACUAUCAUCAACCUGCAGCAAUGCCACACAAACACUCAAUGGUUCAUACCUAAUCCAGUUUAGUAAUUGCAACUUACAAAUCAACGGAGAAACCUACGGAAACGAUCAAGCCACCAUUAAACCCUUCAUCUACCAACCCACUACUGGACUAACUGUAGCAGAAUACAAGUUCAUCGACGCCCCACCAGCGGAAGUCUUGCGAGAACUUACCUUGGAACAUCGUGAGAAGAUUGAAACCCUUCAACUUCAAAACAAUUCUCUACACUGGAAAACUCACCUCUUUGGAACCUUCAGUAUUGGAACCAUCUCCCUCAUCCUAAUAACGUACAUCGCCGUAAAACUCUUAGCCCAAAGACGAAAACGGAUAAGCAUCACCUUAAGUCCCGACAUCGCAAUGCUAGAACACCCGAUAACUUCAGCACCACCAGCUGAACAACCAGAUACAACCACACCCGGAAAUCUCUCAGUAUCUUUCAACACCUACCCAGUACCGUAA